UUGAAUGAAUGAGUCAUCAUAGACAAAUAUAAAAAUAAAAAAAAUCAUUGCAGAAGAAAAAAAACUACGAAUGAAAAGUGAUUUCGGAGAGAAAAAUUGAAGCCUUUGCAUGUGAUUUUGUGAAUUUGUGUUUGUGAAAAAUUCAUUGUAGACUGUGUUUGUAUAGUAUUUUUGGUGCAAAGUUCCCAAAAAAACGAACCGCUUGGUAGUAAUAUGAGUAAUGUUACCAACCAAAAUGGAACAGGUCUAGAGCAGCAGCUUGCUGGUCUGGACUUGCAGCCUCAGGCUCCUAAGAGUGCUGGCCGCUACAUACCCCCGCAUCUGCGUAGGCAGUUGCAGGCCAACACCAAUUCAGGGGAAGAGUCUAAGCGUCAGAGCUUAGACGCUCGUCCUACCGAACCAUCGCGAGACAACCGUUCAUCAUUCGGAAGCAGCUCUAGAAACUACGACCGUGGUGGUCGGCGCGACGACCGCGAGCGUGACCGCGACCGUGACUACGAUCGCGGCUACGAUUCGCGAUUCCCGCGCAGGGACCGCGGUCGUGAUCCAGGGUAUCAAAAUGGAGACUCUGAUCGCUGGUCUGAGAGCGACGGGGCCGGCGGUGGUGGCGGCGGCGGCGGUGGUAGCAGCGGUGGCGGCCGGUGGAGCGAGCGAUCGGAUCGCGGAGGCGGCGGCGGCGGCGGUGGCAGCGGAGGCGGCGGCAGCGGCAGCGGCGGCGGAAGACCGCGUGAACAGCGCGACCGUCGCGAGGAGGAGUACGCCGAGCCGCCGCAACCGCGCAACGACCGCUGGAAGGAGCCGGAGCCGCGCGUCGAGGAGCGCUCUAACAACACUCGCUGGGCGUCAGACGACGUGCGUCGCACGAGCACCCGUGGUGGCAGGGACGAGAAUGACUGGACGAUCCCGCUACCUCGCGACGAGCGGCAGGAGUUGGAGCUGUUUGGCACCGGAAAUACGGGCAUCAACUUCUCCAAAUACGAGGAUAUACCGGUUGAGGCCAGCGGCGACCGCGUACCGGACUGUAUUACCAGCUUCGACCAGGUUAACCUGACGGAAUUAAUGCGUUCGAACAUCGCAAUGGCCCGGUACGACAAACCGACGCCGGUACAGAAGUACGCUAUCCCCAUAGUGUUGGGCCACAGGGACGUGAUGGCCUGCGCGCAGACCGGCUCCGGCAAGACGGCCGCCUUCCUAGUGCCCAUACUCAACCAGAUAUACGAGGCAGGGCCCGUUAAGAUGGGGUCAUACGUUAGACGCAAGCAAUACCCUCUAGGAUUGGUGCUGGCUCCGACUCGAGAGCUUGCCACACAGAUUUACGACGAGGCUAGAAAGUUCGCCUACCGCUCCCGUGUGCGACCCUGUGUCGUGUACGGUGGUUCGCCGAUACACGAACAGUUCCGCGAGUUGGAGCGCGGCUGCCACCUACUGAUCGCCACUCCAGGCCGCUUGGGGGACCAUUUGGUCCGAGGCCGAGUGGCCUUAGACCAUUGUAGGCACUUGGUCCUCGAUGAAGCCGAUAGAAUGCUUGACAUGGGUUUCGAGCCACAGAUCCGCAAAAUCGUCGAGUGCUACACAAUGCCCAAAACUGGCGAGAGGCAAACUCUCAUGUUCUCCGCCACCUUCCCGAAACAGAUACAAGUGUUGGCGCAGGACUUCCUGCACAACUACGUGUUCUUGGCCGUGGGACGCGUCGGCUCCACCUCAGAGAAUAUCACGCAAAAGGUUGUGUGGGUAGAGGAGAUGGACAAACGUUCGUUCUUAUUGGAUCUGCUGAAUGCUUCCAACCUGCUCCAGCGCUCUAGUCCUGAAGAGGACCAGCUAAUACUAGUCUUUGUUGAGACUAGAAAGGGCGCGGACCAAUUGGAGGAGUAUUUGGACACGCUAGGUUAUCCGGUGACGUCGAUUCACGGGGACCGCACGCAGCGAGAGCGCGAAGAGGCACUGCGCCGCUUCCGUACCGGACAGACGCCCAUACUAGUGGCCACGGCUGUAGCCGCCAGAGGUCUGGACAUUCCUCACGUGCGCCACGUGAUAAACUUCGACCUCCCCUCGGACGUGGAAGAGUACGUGCACCGUAUUGGUCGUACGGGCCGCAUGGGCAACCUGGGCGUCGCCACGUCUUUCUUCAACGACACUAACCGCGGCCUCGCCAGAGAUCUCGUCGAGUUGCUCGUCGAAGCCAAACAGGAUGUGCCCAAUUGGUUGACGAGCACAGCGGCGGACGGUCGCCUUGGUGGCGGUGGUCGUCGCACCGGCAGCCGGUCGAGCGGCGGCAGAUUCGGCGGCGGCAGCGGAGGCGGCGGUGGUGGUGGCGGCAGCGGCUUCGGCGCGCGGGACUUCCGUUCGCAACAGCGCCAGGCGCCGCGCUCCGCCGGCCCCUCCGCCAUAUCCGGCUCAGGCUUCAACUACAGCGGCGGCGGCAACUACGGUGGUUCCUACGGCGGGUCGUACGGCGGCGGCGGCGGUGGCGGCGGCAGCGGCGGCCCCGACUGGUGGGACUCGUAAGCGACCCCGCACUGAACACGCACCGCCCGCACCACGCUGCAUAUCCAUACCCAUAUAUACCUACACCCCGGCAAACUUCUUGAACAAGAAAGCCUACCAUAGAGGUAUAAGAAUGGAGUGGGAAAGGCGGCUCUAAAAGUGUCCGACUAGUAGAAAGAGAAAGAAGAUGAGAGACCUCUAACUAUCUCUCUCUCUUGUGACGCAUGCGCAGUCGUCUGUCCAAUAGUUGGUCCAAGCAUCACAACGAAAUAGUAAGAAGCUUGCGCAUGCGCGAUUAGAUAGAGAAAGCUAGCGGUCUCUCAUCUUCUUUCUCUUUCUAUUAGAGGGACACUUCCUCUUGUAGUAGAGUCUAUAUCUCCCCUACUCUAUUCUUAUACCACUAUGAAGCCUACGCACUAGCAAUUGACAUAUAGUGCCACAAGGAUCUUUAUGAAUGUGAGUGACAAUUCUUGGGGGCGCCACGGUCGACGUAAAUGGCAUACAAUAUAUGACGUUUACAAAGACGGCGGCGUUCGUGCCAAUUUUCGCCACAUUUAUAAAGAUCUUUGUCGGAUAGUACAAAAACGUCUACUUGAUUGUGGUUUUGCUGAAGAAGUUUGCCGCUACCUAUACUUACUAUAAGUCUAUGCUGGACAAAUACACGUAUCACUGUGCACACUGCAAACGCAAUUUAUUAAUUCUGUAAUAAUGCGUUUCCCAGCCAUCACAGAAUUCACAAAAGCGAUAAACCUUUUAAGUAAAUUUAAUAUCUGCGAUAAAAAAUUAAUUGCAGCAAUCAUUUAUCCAGCCAUCACUGUGCACAUUAAAAACGAAUUUAUUGAUUCUGCAUUGCUGCGUUUCCACCUAGUGCUCAGAACAGUUCCGAGCGAGCAAACAUUUGCAAACAGUGUCGUAUUUCUGUCGGUGAGUAAGGUUCCAGGGCUCCACAGGGUAGGGGAGUGGGUUAGCUUAGGCAACGGCGAGAUGAUAGCUGGCACUUGAGUUUUUACCGUCAGGCGGGGUUGUUUACCACCUUUUUGAUAUAGACUGUUCUGAGCUAAGUAAUAACGCAGCAUACAGUCUCCUUAUAACUUCACGCUAGUAAAGAAAUGAACGAAUUUUAAACGCCGAUACAAGUUCCUUUCACACUUGUCAGUAAGAGAGAGAGAGAGAUGUGUCGUCAUUUUGGAUUAUUUUAUCUUUUGUUGGUGCGAGUGCGUUAAAAUCUCAAGAUUUAGAGAAUACUUUUAAAACAUUUAUCUUGUCGAUAAAUAUUUGUAACAAAAUCACUUGUGUGUGAAUACAUAUAAAACUUUGCAAUAAAAUUACAAAAAUACGAAUUAUUUAUGCCCAGUGAAUAUGUUGCCAACUAAAAGUGACUGUGCCGUGUCCGAGACACUUGUAAUUUCGAUUUAUGUUAUCUUGUAGUAACGCACUUCGCACAACAGCAGCAUGACAAAAUUAAAAUCUAAUAUGGAGUUGAGUACUACUAUAUGGCAUCAUGAAUCGAAUACGAUAUUAUGGGCGUGACGAGGGCUCUGAAUGACCCAGAUUGGCACUCUAAGAUAAUUUCCCAACUCACAAUAUUACAAUGUUAUCUGUCACAUUGCUCAUGUAUCGAUGAAAACUAGGUAUUAUCAUUUUCAAAGCUUGUAAUGUAAAUCACUGAUAUUUUAUAAGAGUUUCUUUCCACUAACGUGAUUGAGAUGAAUAAGCGAUAAUCGCCUUUAAAGUGGCAGACAACCAAUUCACGUAUACUUCAAAGAUUUUAUUUUAUUAAUAAAAAAUAUCAACAGCAUUUUACAUAAUUAUUUAUCACGAAUACGAUUAAAUUUUCAGCAACUGUCUCUAAUUUGUGGUCUUGAUGGAGAAUGGAGCUAUUCAAUAUUUUUCUAGAUCUUUUUUACAUUGAUAAGUUGUGAUACUAUAAAUGUUGAGUGGCUUCUGUUUCAUCUCAAAAAUUGACUGGACAUAUUCAAUGAUGUCUCCUUUACAAGCUUGCAGAGUAUGCUUCACACAUUUCUGUAUGUAUUCAAUAAUGAAUGGGCCACAUCAAGAGAUUUAUGAAAAUAUCACUGAUAUUUCGCUUCUAACGGGUGACAUGGUUGACAUGCCUAUGUUACAUUGUUCUAUAUUUAUUUAUUAGAAAAUUCAAAAAGAUUCCAGAUAUAUCACUCAAGGCAAUUGAGCUCCAGUUGCAACUCAUCAGUUCUGAGUCUAAGAUUCCCAUAGACAAUUAAAUACGAUUGUGAAGCGACAACCUGAUAUCUUUUAUGCCAGCACGUCACUUGGCUAUUCGUAUUUGCUGUUUGUAAACUUGACAGCAGUCUAUACUUAUCAUGCUUUAUAAGGAAUGAAAAGGACAGACUGAUGUCUCGUUUAGAUAUAGCAAACCAAAUAGCCAAGUGAAGUGCCGGCAUUGGAAGUUUUCCGUGCCACCGUGUUUCAAAAGAGGUUUAACUGAAGGCUACUUUCACGAUAGCGAAACUGGAGUCUAAAUUGGAUUUCAAGGAGAUGCAAGAUCAAAAAUAGACAAGAGCAAAACUGCCCAAGAAAUGUAAGCCGAUCAUUAAAAUUGACAAUGAAAACCAACUCAAGUCUCCAACAGUGUCAAGAACAACCGAAGAAAACAUGGGAACAGAAAAUUGAUGAUCCAAAGAGAUUUACAGAAUUCAAAAAUAAGGACAGUCUCUCUAAACUAAAUAUUUUCACAAAAUAUAGUUUCGAAAACAACAAUGUGGCAAAACAAAAAACAACAAAGACACAAAACAUAAAGAUAUUUUGAUAUGUGAUCCUUAAAUAUAUAUUUUUUUGUAAAAAUAAAUAGAUAGUCAUAUAUGUAAAUCUCAUACUGAAAUUACCGGAGUAGCUAACGAAAAUAAUAUUAAUAGUAAAAUAAUUAUGACUAAUAAAAUAAAUUUUUAUGAUAAUAAUAAAAAUGGAGAAAGAACAAGCACCCGUAGACAUUCGAUAAAUAAACGCCAUAUUAAAACUGAUCGGAAAGAAGGACCGAAUAAUUGUAGUAUCUGUGAUAAAAGAUUUACUAAAAGAAUUAAUUAAUCCAUCAUCAUCAGCCUAUUAAUGUCGCCACUACUGGGGUACAGGCCUUUCCUGUGGAUGGAAUAGGGAGAUUGGGCAAUGGCCCAAGUUCAUCAAAUUUCUCUCCCAUGUGAAUUGUUUGAUAUAAGGAUUAAUGAAUCCUUAUAUCAAACAAUUCACAUGGGAGAGAAAUCUUACAAAUAUAAUAUAUGCAAUAAAAAAAUAAAAGCAAUAAUUUAUCCAGUCAUUAAAGAAUUCAUACAGGCGAAGAAACCUUAUAAUAAAAGUAACACUGCGAUAAAAAAUCUAAUUAAAGUCAACAUUUAUUAAUUCCCAUGGGAGAGAAACCUAAUAACUGUAACAUCUGCGAUAAAAAAAACUGCUAGUAGUGAUUUGUCUGCGCAUCAAAUAAUCACUAAGUAGGGAAAACUUUUAUAAAUGUAACGUCUGCCAUAAGUUUUUGUACAAGUAGGGAUUUAUCCAAAUAACAAAGAAUUCACAUGGGAGAGAAUCAUUACAAAAGUAAUAUUUGAAUUCACACUGGACAGAAACCUUUUGAAUGUAACGUCUGCUAUAAAAGUUUACUACUAAUCGUGAUUUGUCCACACAUUACAAAAUUCACACUGGACAGAAACCCUUUAAAUAUAAUGUCUACUAUAAAAGAUCUACUACUAGUCGUGAUUUUUCCACACAUCAAAGAAUUCACGCUGGACAGAAACCUUAUAAAUGUAACGUCUGUGAUAAAAGAUUUAUUACAAGUAGUGAUUUGUCCACACAUCAAGGAAUUCACACUGGACAGAAACCUUAUAAAUGUAACGUCUGCGAUAAAAGAUUUACUACAAGUAGUGAUUUGUCCACAUAUCAAAGAAUUCACACAGAUCCAAACGUGGCAGAAUUCACCCAGGAGUGAUACAAAUAUAACGUCAGAGAUAAAAGAUUUACUACAAGUAGUGUUUUGACCAGACAUCACAGAAUUAACACUGGACAAAAACCUUUAAAAUGUAACGUCUGCGAUAAAAGAUCUACCACUAGUAGUGAUUUGUCCACAUCAAAGAAUUUACACUGGACAGAAACCCUUUAAAUAUAAAGUCUGCUAUAAAAUAUCUAAGCUACUAGUCGUGAUUUGUCCACACAUCAAAGAAUUCACAUGGGAGAGAAACCUUAUAAAUGUAACGUCUUCGAUAAAAAAAUUACUACAAGUAGUGCUUUGUCCAUUCAUCCAAGUAAUCACACAGGGGAGAAACCUUGUAAAUAUAAUGUCUGUGGUAAAAGAUCUAAUAAAAGUGAUCAUUUAUCCAGCUAUCACAGAAUUCACAUUACGAACGCAAUUUAUCGAUUCUAUAAUGCUGCGUUGCCACCUAUUGCUCAGAACAGUUCCAAGUCAGCAAACAUUUGUUCGCUCGGUAAAUGGAAUGCUUAAAUCAAUGUUGCGUUGUUUCCAUUGAUGACUGAGCAAGACAGCAUUCGUCUGCUGAGUCCAGUCAAAUAUCCUUGUAUGAACUUAUUCAUUCGCUUUAAUGUUCCUAUUUACCGAGCGAGCAAAUUGUUGAUCGUUCAGAACUAAGAGAGGAGAGGGCAUAGCGGAUUUUCCGUUCGAAUUGGAGCGCCCGUCUGGGGAAGUAACCUCCACCUUACAGAAGACCAUAGUAAAAUAACACUACCUUUUGGCAGUGUUGUGUUUCUGUCGGUGAGUAAGGUUCCAGGGCUCCAUGGGGUAGGCAUUGGGUUAGGGUAGGCAACAGCGUCAGUAAUAGCUUGGUUAUUGCAAGCGUCUAUAGGUUAAGGUGGCUUCUUACCAUCAGGCGGGCCAUAUGCUUGUUUGCCACCUUUAACAUAUACUGUUCCAAGCUUUAAGUUGAAACGCAGCAUUACACACAAUCUUGGUAUAACUUGCGCUUGUAAAUAAAUUCACGUGGGAGAGAAACCUAAUAAAUGUAACGUCUGCGAUAUUUUUUUUUUACUGCUAGUAGGGAUUUAUCUACACAGCAAAAUUCAGUAGGUAGGGAAAACUUUUAUAAAUGUAACAUCUGCCAUAAAAGUUUUUCUACCAGUAGGGAUUUAUCCAAAUAUCAAAGAAUUCACAUGGGAGAGAAUCAUUAUAAAUGUAACAUCUGCGUUAUUUUUUUUUUCUACAAGUAGUGAUUUGUCCGCACAUCAAAGAAUUCACUCUAGACAGAAACCUUUUAAAUAUAAUGUCUGCUAUAAAAUAUCUACUACUAGCCGUGAUUUGUCCAUACAUUAAAGAAUUCACAAGGCAGAGAGAAAUGUUAUAAAUGUAACGUCUGCAAUAAAAAGAAUUCACAUGGAGCCAGACGUCAUAGAUUUCAUCCAGGAGACAAACCUUACAAAUAUAACGUCAGAGAUAAAAGAUUUACUACUAGUAGCGUUUUAACCAGACAUCACAGAAUUAACACAGAAGAGAAACCUCGCAAAUGUAACAUCUGGGAUAAAAGAUUAUAGACAUAAAAAAAUACUGCUAGUAGUGAUUUGUCCACACAUCAAUAAACUCACAUAGGAGAGAAACCUUAUAAAAAAGAAUAACUUAAAUUGGUAAUUUUUUCACAUAUCAAAGAUUUCACAUGGAAGAUAAACCUUAUAAAUGUAACAACAUCUGUGAUAGUAGUUUUACUCAAACUAGUAAUUUAUCCAAACAUCAAAGAAUUCACACAAGGGAAAAAGUAUAUCAACAGUCAACACGCACUUGUGAUUUGUUAUCAGCCAAAAAUUUAGUCGAUAUUGUACACUUCAAAAUACAAUAAUAAUACAAUUCAAAAGAAAAAUUUUUCAUGUUAAACUAAAUAUUUUUUUAUUUGGACGACAAAAAAAUGGUCAUACCACAGUAAUGGCAUGUGGUAUUUAUGUUAACAACGUGUUUAAAAACUAUGUAAUUGACUAUAGAUAGGGAGUGCACAGUGAUACAUAUUUGUCCAGCGUAGGUUUCUAUUACAUUGGCGGUUUACUAACGCUGUUGAUCUCGAUGAGAAGUCAACAAGAUUUGCGUGCAAUAUUGAAAAGCGAAUCGGACAACUCGAAAACCCCGUUUGUGAAUCGCCAAUGUAAUAUUGUCCCCCCCCUCGUACAUUUCUACUUACCUAUGGAAAUAGACGAACAUAGCAAAAAGCUUGGUCGUUCUCUCACAGUACCAGUUGAUUUUAUUGUUUGUGAUCCAAUAAACCCCUGUGAGGGUAACCGAAAAUGUAUAAUAAAUUGUACACGAAAAUAUUUUUUAGACUUUUCAUUUUAUUGUAUUAUUGUAGAUAGAGAAAUAAUAAGUGUUAAGGUCUAAGCCGAUUAACUUUUAACUACGCACGGAUGCCCUAUGUUAUGAAUUAAACACACCUGUAAGGGUUGUUACGACGUUUUAACUUUGAGGACUGUUUCAGAAACAGGUUUCCUUGUUUCGACAAUUAGAUUGUUUUAUAUUUAGAGUUUUAAGUGAUAAACAUUAUAAGUAUGUACCUGCUGGAGGUAUGACAUUUUGCGUUGGUGUUAGCAAAAAACGUCACGUUAUGUACGGUACGGUAUUUGCUACGUUAUGUAAUAAAACGGCACGAGUAAGUAUAUUCCCGAUUAAGUGGGUUUAAAUCUAUGUUCGUCUAUCGAGUCUAUGCUAUGUCUAUUUAUCGAUGCCAAAGCUUGUCAUCCGUCACAAACUACAGCGGUCUCCGUCUCCCAUUGUUCGAUGACUUGGCGAAUGUUAGUUUAAGCGAGUAGCCAGCCGGAUGGGGUGUUAGAUUUAUUAUUAGUCACUCGAUUGGUAAACUGAGUCGGACUGAAAUUGCCCCGUGAUUAUUUAAUAGUGUUUUUACUGUGGAGGAGAGCGGUGCGACUGGAGGUGAAUGCGAUCCGAGCCGCGGGCAUUGAAUCUCAGGCGAUUUGUCCGCGCGCGCGGCGUGUGAUGUUUCUUAAAUAAUAUAAUUAUUAUAUUCUAAUUGCGCAGGCGCUAUUCGGGCCGCGAUUAAGAUUGCUCGCAAUCAUUAACGAGUAUCGAUUAGAGUAAACUACCAUCAUUAUCAUCUGUUCCAUUUGUGUCACGUAAAUCGUGACUUUUAAGAAAUUUUUGUUCCGAAUAUGUGAGUAGUCGAUUUAUAUUAUUAUAGAGAUAUUUUUUGAUGUUCUUCGAUCAGUAUCGUGAAUUCGUAAAUGAAUGAUGUCAUUGUGUAUUUUCGAUUUUCUAUUUUUCUGACGGUCUCAUUGCUGACUCACUCCUGAAAUGGGAAUUUUGAAGCAUUUACGCACCUAAAAUCGAUGUAGCUAUUGCAGCAGUAGAGUUAGAAAUUGAAAGUACCAAUACAGUAUCAUAGUAAAUUUAAAUAAUAACAAAAUUUUGUCUGUAGAAAUCCAUAAUGUAACAUCUGUCAUCGACGUGAUCUAUAAUUUGAAUGUGAAUUUACCAAUAAAAAUUGAGAAACAUGGCG